CCCAGAAUGCAGCACGAUAGCAGCUACAUUAUGAUUGGCUACGCAACUUUAGGCCCCGCCCUCUAGAUGGAAGGCUGUUCUUCUGUGUAGCUGACCAAGUUGGACACCUCACAAGCCAAAAUGAUCAACUGGAAGGCUUUGGACAACGUGCCCGUGCUCUUGUACAUCUUAGCCCUGAAAACACUGAUCCUUUGUCUGGGCUUCGCCGGGGUGAAGAUCUACCAAAGUAAGAAGGCUGAGGCGGCGCUGAAGCAGCAGCAGGCUGAGAGGCGGAAGCUGGCCCAGCAGACGCAGACGCUCAUCGACAACUUGAAAGAAGACUGACACCAGCCGGGUGAAGCUUGGUGAAACGGCACAAGGUCCGCUUUGCUCACUGCAACCACCAUGCCACUUUUAUACAUUUCUUGCCAUCAUGCCGCUUAGGCCUGGCACCAUAAUCUAGAGAUCCAAAAAAUUGAAUGAAAAAAAAAAACAUAUGCGUGUGUUUGCAUGUCUGCUCGUCGCUCUGUGCCGCACAGGCUGGACUACAAGAGGAUUCACUCUGUGUACAUUGGUUCUAUAGUGGAAUGAACAGUGAGUGAGCCCUCCUGUCCUCUCAUUCAGCCUCUUUGUGGAGGAGGGGCUACUCAUGAGUGGCUACAGAGUGCUAGCAGUGUUGCCGAUAAUAUUGACUAUCAAUGAGCACUUGUAGCGCAGUCAACCACUAAAAUGUGUUAUGGCAGUCCUAAUCCUGAUUUUGACAUGAAGCCACGAGUACCACACUAUGUAUUCAUUGCAUUUUGGAACAUGUUUUAUUUGUAGUUAAAUGUGCGCUGGAUGUUAUUUUUAUUCAAGAUUCAAGAGUAUUGUCAUAUGCAUAGUAAAACAGCAGUUAUACUAUGCAAUGAAAUUCUUAUUCUGUUCAUUCUUCCAAGAAAAGAAAGAAAACACAAGAAAAAGAAUAAGAACAUAAGAAACAUAAAUACCAAUAAAUUAAGCAACAACAACAGAAGAAACAUUAAUACAGAUAAAUAAUACAAAUAAAUAAAGUGCUAUGAGUCAUCCGCAAAUUUAAUGAUGCUGGUGUUGUUCUGGGAGGCCACGCAAUCGUAGGUGAAGAGCGUGUAGAGGAGCGGACUCAGCACACACCCCUGUGGGGUCCCAGUGCUCACAAUUCCUGAGCUGGAUGUGCGAUUGUGGACUCUGACUGACUGGGGCCUGCCUGUUAGAAAGUUAAACACCCAGUUACAGAGGGGGGGUGACAGGCCAAGUGUGAGGAGCUUAUUUGUGAGUUUGUGGGGGCUGACUGUAUUAAAAGCAGAGCUAUAGUCUAUAAAUAGCAUUCUGACAUAUGUGUUCUGGCCCUGUAGGUGAGAAAGGGCUGUGUGGAUGGCAGUGUUGACUGCAUCAUCCGUGGACCGGUUGUGGCGAUAUGCAAACUGUAGAGGGUCCACAGUUGCCGCCGGGAUGCUCUUUUUGAUGUGGGUCAUGACUAUUCUUUCAAAGCACUUCAUAACAAUAGGAGUGAGUGCUAUAGGGCGAUAGUCAUUCAAGCAGGUCACGUUGCUCUUCUUGGGUACGGGCACUAUGGUGGUGGACUUAAAGCAGGUCGGUACAGAUGCUUGUGCAAGCGACAGGUUAAAUAUGUCAGCAAGCACAUCAGCUAGCUCUGAUGAGCAAACCCUAAGUGCACGUCCUGAGAUGUUGUCUGGGCCUGCUGCUUUUCGUGGGUUUGUUUUGUUCAGAACCCUGCGCACAUCAGCUGAUGUCACCAUGAGAGGUGAGUCCUGUGUGCUCCCCAAGUCCAGCCACCCUCUCUGCUCAUCAGGAGUUUGGGUGUCAAAGCGGGCGUAGAACUGAUUCAGCUCAUCUGGAAGUGUGGUUUGGCUGGACGUGGCUACGCUACUCCGCUGUCGAUAGUCUGUGAUGUGCUGGAGCCCCGCCCACAUGCGCCGAGGGUCUGAGGUGGAAUAGUAGCCCUCCAGCUUCUGUCUGUACUGUCUUUUGGCCUCUCGUAUGGACCUCCUCAGGUCAUAUCUGGCCUUUUUGUAGUCCUCAGCGGUGCCCAUGACAAAUGCAGUCGAACGAGCACGUAGCUUAGCCCUUACAUCACAGUUCAUCCACUGUUUUUGGUUAGGGUAUUUUCUGUAGUACUUGGUGGUGGUAACAGUCUCUAUGCAUGUGCUAAUGUAGCCAGUAACAGCAGAAGCAUAUUCAUCCAAAUCAACAGUACAAUCUUCCCUCCCCACUGCAGUUUUAAACACAUCCCAGUUUGUGCAGCCAAAGCAGUCCUGAAGUACUUGAUCAGUUUCUUCAUUCCAUACUUUAACUGCUGUACUUACAGGGGGAGCUUGUUUAAGAAGUUGUCUGUAUGUUGGACAAAGGAAUAUGGAGAUGUGGUCGGCCUUUCCAAAGUGGGGUCUUGGAACAGCCUUCAAAGCACCUUUCAUGUUGCUGUAGACUUGGUCCAGGAUGUUAUUUUCCCUUGUGGGAAAGCUCACAUGCUGGUAAUAUUUGGGGAGGACAGGUGGUUGAAAUCGCCAGAUAUAAUGAAUACAGCGUCCGGGUGUUUGGUCUCGUGUUUAUCAAUGAUGUCAUGCAGGAGGCCUAGUGCGUUAGCGGUGUUAGCUCGUGGUGGGAUGUAAACAGCAGUUAAAUACACAGCGCUAAACUCACGAGGCAAAUAAAAAGGUCUGCAUUUCACCAUCAGCAGCUCAAUGUCCUGCAAGCAGUGCUUUUCCAUCGUCUGUACGUCUGUGCACCACCGUUUGUUUACGUAAACACAGACGCCGCCACCUCUGUGUUUACCAGACACUAAAGUCCGAUCACCCCGAUACGCGGCAAAUGUUUCCAACUGGAUCGCCGAGUCCGGUAUAUCCUCAGUCAGCCAGGUUUCUGUGAAGGUGAGCACACAGCAUUCCCUGAUCUCACAAUGAGCUGUAAUCCUUGCUCUUAGUUCGUCCAUCUUGUUUUCAAGAGAGCGGAUGUUGGCUAGCAGCAGGCUUGGUAGCGGUGGCCUACUCGCUCUAGCUUUUAGCCUAGCAUGCAGGCCGCCUCUCUUGCCUCGGAUGCUUUGCUCGCUGGGUAUUCAGCUCACCAGGCCCACAGGCUGCUGCGUUCCCCCGGCGCAGAAGAAAGGCAAAGUCUGUGAGGCUGAAUGAAAGUUCAUGGUGAACCCUGCCGAUGUUCAAAAGUGUCUCUGUUGAAGUGUACUGCGUGAGUGCGUUGAAUGUCCAAAUUUACCAAUAAAAUAGCAAAAAACAGAAAAAAACGGGAGAGUGAGACAGAGACGUCUGCCACGGAGGGCGCCAUCUUGUAAUCUAUGACCGUGGAUGGACAAUUAAAGGCCAAUUAAUGAUAUCGCUACCUCUUACCUUUCAUGGAAAUUCACGUGUUGCUGUUCUUCCUCCACUUGAGGGAGAGAAAGGCAGGUGAACUUGCUUUCAGGUGUCUUUUAUUCAUUUGUACAGUGAAAUGUCCAUGACUUCAUUGAUCAAUCAUACAAACAAGGUUGAUAUGCAUACGCUUUACUUCCAAGUUGACAAAGUCGCCGUCUGGAUCAGCCAUCAGCUUGCAGACAAGACGGCAGACACGAUGACAAUUGAGAUCUUCUCCCGGCGAGCCGUUCCACUUCCGCUUGGAGACGACGAGAGCGGCUUGGCACGGACGGAGACACGGGUCUUGAGGGCUGUCCGCACCUCCCAGGACAACAAGUGGAGCCAGAGGGUGGGGGCGUCCGUAGCGGGUUGUGGGUGUGAUGGCGCCUGUCAGAAGCAGGACACAAAAAGACCCGAUGGUGGAACGGCCGCACAAGUGAAAGUCAAGAUAACGGGUUUAAAGCACCUGUUCAGUGACGUCUGCGGGGAAACGAAAGCUGGCCGGUUGUGUUUUUGCGGGCUCGCCAUGGCAACGUAUUCAUCCUGAGGCGGGGCAGAGGAAGUGCGGCCGGCCUGCGGUGACAUCAUCACGUAUCCUCGCCCUGCUUCCUCACACGUCCCCUCGCUGCCAGGCUGCGCCAUCACGUCCACGGAGCCGUCACGCUUGCCGGGGGAACAUUCGGGUUCUGUUGUGCUGGCUUUGCGGAGAUCAACAUCGCUGCGUGUGGGCGCUUGUGUGAGAACGGAACCAACUGGUCUGGCUUGUGAGGACUUGUCUCUGUAUUUGGGUCUGCAGCGCUUAGGCACCGGGAGCUGACCGUGGUUUGUGGCGGGGGAUCGGCCGAAAUCCGGAAGAACCCGCAGCACUCGGACGGCGUCUCGGACGGCUUCGUGGAUGCGCUGAGCCACGGCGGUGUUUCCUGUCAAAGCAAAGCGGCAGGAUCACGCUCCUGCGGUGAGGCAAAGCAAAGCUGGUCAUUACCUCGGUCCUUCGCUUCCAGCCAGAUCUCUCCGGGACCGAUCGGCACCGACCGGCCAAGCUCCAGAAAAAAGGAGCCGUCCAAGUGGCCGAAGCGACGGACGCUGAGCAGAGGUAUUGUGAUGGGGGGUGAAUCGCAGCACGCUGCCACUUGGACCAGGACGAGACAGGUGGCAGUGAGGCAGAGGUGGAGGUCCCCCGCCAGACACUUGGAGCGACCCAGACCUCGAGGUUUCACUGAGACGGGCCAAACCUUGAACAACAGCAGCGUUACUACUCGAGCGGAAGAAAUGCCUCCAAAAACACUCAAUUGGGAAGCAUAGAUGCCAAGCAUACAGUAGAUGCCCAGUAGAUGAUAGACGCCAAACAGACAUAUAUACAUAUACACAUAUAUA